CGCCUACGGCGGCAAUUAAUGCUUAGUCCUGCAGUAUUCGAGGUGAGUAUCCUAGGAAGAUCUCCCAUUCUCCCCCUAACGGCUCUUUGUGUCAGGCGUCCUAGUACCUGUCAUGUCCUAGUAUGGCCGCCUUCCUUUCUCUGUUUCUUAUGUGUUACGUUCCCCCAGACGUCUUCUUGGGCCCUUUGGACGGGCCUUACCCUUCUGGGCUUCCAAGCCCUAUACUGCUCAGCUAUGGCCCAACACUUGGGGAAGGCACUUAGGUGGCUAAACAACCGCCCACCUCAGCUAUCACCUCAUGGGACGACCUCCUCAACAAGUUUAUGGCUCGUUAUUGGCCUCCUUCAAAGACGGCAGAGUGGAGAAAGAAGAUUUUACAUUUCGAGCAAGAAGAGGACGAAACCUUGAGGGAUGUUUGGGAGAGUUACUCCUAUUACUUUCUUCAGUGCCCUCACCACGGGUUUGAAGAAUAGUUUCGGAUUGAAACCUUCUACGGAGGCCUAAUGCAAGAAGAAAAGAUCAUCAUUGACUCCUUGUGUCAGGGGAAGUUGAUGAAUAUGGCUCUGCCCCAAAUAAGCGAGAUCCUAAAAGAAAUGGCCUUUAGGGGGUAUGACUGUGGGUUGACUAGAAGUGGAAUAAGAAGCAAUGAAAGGGGAGUGAGAAGCGUGGGAGCGAGUGCUCCGCUUGAGGCAAAGUUGGAUAAGUUGCUUGAGGUUAUGCUUGAAGAUAAAAGACAAGGAAAACAGGCGGUAAUGUCGUGCGACUGGUGCUCGAGUACUAGCCACGAGAUGGCGGAGUGCCAAGCAAUGAAGGAGGCAACCACUCCGGAGGAUCAAGUCAACUUUGUGGCAAAUGCUAGGGUCAACAACCCGUAUAGCAAUACUUAUAACCCCGUAUGGAGGAACCACCCCAACUUUGCUUGGGCAUAAGCGGCUAAUCCAAGGCCCCUGGGUUUCCAAGGCCCCACCCAUUAGUCACCAGAUGCCUCUUGUGCGUUCUCCUAUAGAUGCAACGAGGCUCAUCUUUGUAAAGACGUCAUCGGUUUCUGGGUUGGCCACGAACCUCACACAGGCGACCCAACAUAGGAUGGAGGCUGGGAUUUUGGAGGCGGUCGAGAAGGGGUUGGGGAAGAACACCAACUUGAUAACAGGGGAAGUAUCUUGAGGUUCUGGAGAAAGCACUGGAUUCUUCUAGACCAGCUGCAUCAUGUGUUGGGCGAGGAAGAAAUCGGCGGUCGGUUGAUUAAGAAGAAUGAUGUGAUUAAGAUUAUUCUUGGUGCGAAAGUAGCUUCAGAUGGGUAUGUUAUGUGGGGGUAGAGUCUGUGAAUGAGAAGGGGUUGGGGAAGAAGAGAAGGGACGGAGAGGGGUAACUAGUCAAUAACAGGGGUUGGGUCAGUGGGUGAUUGGGUUUAGGUUGAGUUUUAUGACAUAGAGGGUUAAUAAUGUGGCAUGUCUAUUUUGUUUUUUUUUAAUUAGGUGACUUAACACCUCUGUUAGCCACAUCAGCAGUUAACUUACGGCACUAACAGAGUCUGAUAGAGGUUAACGGAGCAUGACCAAAGUUGGACUGUGUACCUAAUUUAAGUGACUACGGAUGAAAUAAAGUAAUUUUAGUGGCAAACGUAAAAAUUUUAUGUAAUUCUAGUGACCAAACUUGCAAUUUAGCCAAAAAAUUUUAAUCAAAUGGAUGCAACAUGCACCCUACCUUUCAUUCAAAAACCACUCAGGAUUCAGAGUUCUCCUGAACAUUAUACAUAAUCCAGUUGCACAACAUAGGAUCCAAAAUUGGAAACAAAUGUAAACCUAAAGGUACUAGGUGACCUCAACUAGCAAGAAAGUCUGCACACAUAUUACCUUCCAUACGAACAAUAGAAACAUCUCAUUGUCUCUUAAGCACCUCAAAAACUCUAUCCAAGAUGGCUGCAUGGCGAUGCUUAGUAGAAUCGGUGCUCCGAAGCAAAUUCAAAGCACAGAUUCAAAGGAAUGAUCUAAUAACUGAACAAUUUCAGUUUCCGUCAACAAAGCAAACAACCAAACAUUGGAAUGAACUAUAGGGAACUGACUGCCAAUAUAAUAGACCCAUCUGCAUCAGAUGCGAAAUCAACAAUAGACCCAGAUGGAUAACCCCCGUAUUUCUGCAACAUCAGAGGAACAAUGAUCAGUCAGACCCUGGAGAAGAUAGCCAUAAAUAUCCUACAACUCAGCAACAUUUUAUUAUGAGUUUCGAUUUCUUCGAAAGGAAAUAGAAUCGAAUGAAAAAUAAAUACAGUAAGCAGCAAAACAAACAUGAGAGAACGUUGAGAGCAUCCCUCGCAGACCAUGAUAAAGGACCGUCCGGAUUUCCUCCACGGCGGGAAGCCGAGCAGCAUUUUUCUGUGCUUCCACAAUAAGACAAACCCCCAUGAUUUCAUUAACCUCAGUCUUUUUCCCCCUUGCAUUCAUUCAUUUAUUCAUUCACACAAAUUGGAACUUAAAAAAAAAACCCUACCUGGUGAGCAUUGAUCAAUUGCAUAACAUCUUCCCCACCCCCGAUUUCGGUACCAUAUACAGCCUAAUCACCAUGAAAAGUUCAUACCUUUUCUGCUCCUCGAACACCCCAACAGAACGGAGUUGUUGAGAGAAAGAAUCAAACUCUCAUUGUGUGUGCUCGAACCAUGCUCCUUGAAUACAAUCUCCCAAAGUUCUUUUGGGCUGAGGCAGUUAGUACAGCCUGUCAUGUGGUCAAUCGUGUCUUGAUUAGAAAAGGAUUAAACAAACUCCUUAUGAAAUUUUUUAAAACAAGACACCUAAUCUGUCAUAUUUUCACCCCUUUGGGUGUCCUUGUCAUACCUUAAACACCAAAGAAAAACUUGGUAAAUUUGAUGCUAAGUCAGAUAAAGCCAUUUUUCUAGGAUAUUCAAUAAAGGGUCAAGCAUUUC